CAUAACUUGAGUCUUAUGCUUUGCUCAGUUGAUCCCCUGUGUUGACUGUUUGCCAUUUCUUUUGAUUUAAACUUUUGACUUGUUUACUAAUAAGUUUGACUUUUUCAGGUACUUUAGUUGCUUAAGUUCUCUGAACUUGCUUGCUUUGCUAUUUUAGCAUUUGCUUUUGAGGAUUGCUGAUCGUCGUCCACACCGGUAUUCAACCAGGCUCAAUCAACAGGGAGGUAUGGAUCAGGUUCAGACAGAGCUGGCCGAGAUGAGGGCAAACAUGGCCCAGUUCAUGAACAUGAUGCAAGGGGUUGUUCAGGGGCAAGAGGAGCUGCGUGCCUUAGCCCAGAGACAGGAAGUCGUGAUUCCAACAUCCAACCGUGCUUCGCCUGUUGCUGCACCCGCUCAUGAGACUAUCCAUGUUGCUGCUCCCACUAACGACUAUGCCGUCGGGGAAGAGUUGAGAGGAAUAAGAAUCAAUGGACAGCCUCUUGCUGCAGAGGUCAAUGUCAGAGCAACCCGCGCUCCGGUUCGCCAUCCUGGCUCUUCAAGUUCUUCCAGUUCUAAGAAGACAUCCUCUGGGGCACCCAAAAGGGGAGAAAGUGAAACAAAUGCUGUGCACCAUCGGAGGAGUGUGAACAGAGGACAGUAUCGUCAGGCUGCUGCUGUGACUAUCCCAGCAACUCAACCUCAACAACAGCAGAGAAGACCAACUCAGCAGCCUCAGCGUCCACAACGUCGUCCUCCGCAGCAGGCUUACCAACCUCCCAUUGAUAAUCAAGCUGGUACAAGUAAUGAGAGGAAGAAGAUCAUUUUUGAUCCAAUCCCCACGUCCUACGCCGAACUGUAUCCCUCUCUGUUAGAGCGGAACUUGAUUACUCCCAGAGACCCGCCGCCCAUUCCCGUCAACCCUCGGUGGUGGUAUAGGCCUGAACAGCACUGUGUGUAUCACUCGGGUGCUCCUGGUCAUGACGUGGAUAGUUGUUUCCAGCUAAAAAUGAAGGUUCAAGACCUUGUGAGGUCAGGCAUUCUAAUCUUGGAGGACUUAGGUCCCAAUGCUAAUCAAGCUUGAAGAUAACAAGUCAUGGGCUGGCGCCGACUUUUUCUUCAGAAGGGUUGUUCAGAAAGCAGAAGUUGCUGAUGCAAGAGAUAUUGACAGUUGUCAUCCCCGGUGGGAUCUAUCACAAUUGGGUCA